AUAAUUCGCAUUCUCUCUAAUGUCCCCAUGAUGCGCUUCCAGACUCCUGCAGCUUGUUAUACUUUACCUGGGAAAGGGCACCCUUCUCUUAUCUCUAGACUGCAAUGGGGAGUCAAAGGUUAUACUAUAGAUAGUUUUGGGCAUUUCGUAUGCUCUCAGGGGUUUACGGCUCAACCACAGCACGAAAUGCCCUAUUGUGGAAGUACCUUGGCUAUGUUGUAA